AUGAAAGUAUCCACUAGAAAGAUGUUGACGCUUUGGAUUGCGUUUCUCACGAACUCGGCCGGAAUCGUGCAAGCCUUUACUCCUCCUUCAGCUAGUUCCUAUCCGUUUCCGUCCACGUCAUUCCACAACGUCAAUCGGUUGUCCAUCCCAGUCGUACGUCUACAUGCGUCGCCUACCAGUGGCGAUAAUGAUAGCAACGCAAAAGAUAGAAAUAGGGAUGAGAAAUUGGCAAAACUCGGAUAUUCCGAACAGGAAUUGCAACGAGUUGAGGCGCGCUCGAACGCCAAGAAUGACGACAAGGUCCGCGUCAAUCUGAUUCCCGAGAUUGAUUCCGUCACUCUAACGGCUAUCGGAUUCGGUUUGAUUGCAUUCAACUUCUUUGUGCUAGCCAACCUGGGUGACGGAGGCAUUGGGGGGAUUUUGGCUACCAUUAUCAACAAGCUAAACGAAUAA